AUGGAAAGAAUGGUUAGGAUGGUUAAGGUUAAUGGAAAAUUUAACAAAAGUAUAAUUAAACUUGACAGCUGGCACCUGGUUUUACACCUGAGUUGUUGCUUAGCAACAAAUGCCAAACGACAUCAAUUGAAAGAGAGAUCGCUAGUGCUGACGAAAAAUGAUUUAGGACGCUUAGAGAAGCAGCUUAACAUGAAAAAUGUUGCGCUAGAAAAAACAAGAAAGCAGUUGGAAGAGAGGCAAAGAUUACAUGAGCUAUCACUGCAACAAGGCCUGCGACAGAAGAAAUUGGAAGCUCGCAAACAAAGAGAAGAAGAUGAGGAAAGGGAAAGAAGACAGGUGGAUGCAGAGGAGGCCAAGUAUCAAGCCCAGCAAAGAAAAAUUACUAUUGAAAAAGCGAAGAAAGAACAAUUCUUCCAUACGGAUAAAGUCAAAAAGUUACAUAGUGCUUUACUACUAACUGAAGUUUUGAAAGAAAGGGAGAAUCAGAUAGAAAUAAAACGAAACCUCGAUUGCUAUGUGAAACAUCACGAACAGGUUAGCGCCGAACAGAUGCGUAAGGAAUACGAAGAAUUUAUGGAGAAUGAAAAAAGCAAGUUCACGCUACAGCGUCAAAUAAAUAAAGAAACCUUUGAAAUACAAAAGUUACAGAUGGGAGAAAAAUUGAAGAAAAUUGAAGAGGAGAAGAAGGAGUUGGAAAAGGAAGCGAAUGAACUGCAGCAAGUAACAGAAACAUUCAACAAGCAAAUUAAAAAAAUUAAGGAAAUGAAGAGAUUAACAUCUGAACAACAAAAACGUGAUAAUUUGAAACAAAUGGAAUUAAAUAAAGAAAAACUUUUGAAAGAGUUGGAACGGGACGAGAAAGAAAAUGAAAAUUUAAGAAAUUUUGCUAUUACAAAGCAAAAAAUAAUGAGAACAAGAGCUGAAAAAGAAAUACAGCUACGCAGAGAAAAACAAGAAAAUCUGGAGAAGAUAAUAGAGCACAUGACUGAGCAUCAAAAAAUGAAGGCGGAAGAUGACGAGGAGCAUAUAAAGAGGGUCCUUCAAGAGGAAGAACGCAAAGUUCAAUUGAGGGAAAGUGAAGUGAAAGAAAAACAAUUGCAAAUUAAGGAAUCCAUUGAAAAGCACCGAGUAGAACAGGAAAAAGUAAAGCUAGCUGAAAAUUUGAGAAAAAAGGAAGAAGAACUUGCAUUUUUGAGAUUGGAGGCUGAAAACGACGAAAUUAAACUGCGAAAUGAAACCAGAAAAAAACAGCUGCAACAGGAGAAAGCGAUUCAAUUAAAAAACUUUCACAAAAGCCAAGUGAACGAGCGCUUGGCUUUAGAAAAAUUGAAACGUGAUCGAGAGUAUGAAGAGGAGAGAAAAAAUAUGCAACUGAACGUGGAAAGGGAAAAGAACUUUCAAGAGUACGCAACUCUGGUUAUAGCAGAUUGCGAAAAUAAAGGAAGAAGCACGAAGCUUUUAAAGAAUAUGCUGGCUAAAGAAGGCAACAUUAUCGAUGAUAAUAAUCGUCUGAUCGGCCAAAUUAACGAAAAACACUAUUAUAAAAGUUCAGAUUUGAAAGGCAACUUUUUGCCCAAAUUUCAAAAUCACGUGACAGAUGACACAAAAAGAUACCAAAAUGGAAGCAUUGCAAACGACAAAAAGUUGGGCCUAGUGUGGUGA